AAGCACGAAAUAAUGAUAAUAAAUAAGCGACACAGAAUCACAGUAGGAUUUCGUACUCGUACUCGUGAUAUCGUCAUAAAUUAGACGCACGAUUCCAGUGUUAUGGAACCAAAACUCACGCAAUGAGAAGCAGGACGGUGACCACCUUAUCCGCUACAUGAUAAAGACACCCCUAUUCUUAGAUAUUGAAGAGUAACAAACAAAUCUCUCGACGCCAUGCUAAAACGCAAGCCAGCCUCGAUGCGGAGAAAAUCCUUCGGAGGCCAAAACGGUGUUGGGAUAUAUUGGCGCAAACGCGCCAUUCCGACAAGCGUUGGGGCGGAGGGAACCGAUGAAACAGAUCAAAAGAAACUCCUACAGGACGGGACCGAGUUCCCCAAGGCAGAUACCGCAGGCAAUAGUUUCGCCGCAGAGACCAAGGAACAUCAGGGAGAGGCCAAGCUAGCGAUCUCCCUCGAUGACAUGGCCGACGAGGUACCAAUCAUUGGGUGGGACGACGAUCUCUGCCGUCCGAUUUAUCCCUAUCGGGCGCCUCCGUCGGAUGAAUGUGCCAUGCUCAGCAAUGACGACGACAACGACGAACAAAAUGUCGGCGCCGAGGAAGAUCUCUCGGGACGAAGCAGCAGCAAUAGCACUACCGAAGAUUCCUUUUUGGUCGAAGAGAACACUUACACCGAUGCAGAUGUGGAUGCGAACGAAUCUACAUCAACUCAUGGGGAGCCCGCCAAUGGUGAAAAAAACAGCAACGCGCUCUUUCAGUUCCCCCCUCUCACUCGUAGAAGAACCAAGACCUUCGGUAGCCGGGGAAAGCGUCCGAGACCUAUUUCGUUGAUUCUGUCGCAGGAGGAUCGCGACAUGGACGCUGGAGAAUCCUUCUCGUCGUCCAUUGACCAGGGACCUCGCAGGGUUUCUUUAGAAUCCUCCAAUAGUAAUUCUUCGACUGACGAAAAGGACAGUAGCAAUAUAGUCAAUGAAAGCGAAGACUCCGAAUCUGGUUCCAAGGACGGAAGAACUCGAACGUUCGGAGCCGGAAAGGCGAGCGCUGCCGCUGCGGACAAACCCGGCCAAGCACGGCGGUCAAAGAAGCAAAGAGCCGACGAAUCAUCGUUGAAAAAAGCCCGAGACUACUUUGAAAAACUGGACCAGACCCAGAGCCUUACUCUGGAUACCGCCCAGUCACCAACCAUUUCCAGCAGGGUCACCAGGACCUCUCACAAAACCAAUCUCGACAGCCCCGGAAUCAACCGAUCGUAUAGGGCCUACACAGAGGCGAUUCGCGGGUGCGGCGAGUCGGGGCUUUCGCCACUCUCGAUUCGGGACUAUGUCUCGAGUCGCAGAAUCCACUUCGAAAACAAGGGUGAGAUGGUGGACGGGUUCUUGGAUGAUUAAUUGGUUUUGGUCUGGAAACGCACGCUUUCGAAGGAGGCGAAAGUGAGUGGCCUCGUAAACGUACAGGGUGUCACUAUUAAAAUAGUGAAAAGCACGUUGUUGAACCUAGUUAAAUGUGUUUUUUAAAGAACAAGACCUAUUGUGGGAUCAACGCACAAAGAGGGAUUCGAAAGAAUUCGGUGGAACGCUAAUCUAGACGACGU